CAUUCAUCUGCCUUUCACGGUCCAGCCUUUGACACCUCUACAACGACAUUGCAACAUACAGACCACAUUUGGCAUACAUCCACAGUGCGCAUCAACUGAGACUGCAUUCGAAGGUCCGCAUCCAUACACUAUUCCAUCACAGACAGAAUGGCUCGAGGCCGCAAAGCCAAAGGCGCCACGACGUCGAGCGCUCAAUCCACACUCACAUUCAACAAUUCCACACGAGUGACCAAGCCGGGUGCCAGACAUGACGACUCAAAGGAAUCAUCCAGAUUAUCAAACUCUGCUCAAUCGCACCAGGAGGAAGAAGUAAAAGACAUCGAGACUCCUGAGGUGGAUGAGGAGCCCGCAACGAUCGAAGUGCCAGAACCCGAGGCGGAGUCAACGCAAGUCGAAAUCGCAGCCCCUGGGACACCGGCGAAGCUAGCAUCAAGCCAGAAACCCAAGUCUAAGAAAAAGGCGACAGAGAAAGAUGAUCGGAAACUCGCAGCGGAGAAAGUGACGGACGCUCAGAUCAAGAAGUACUGGAGAGCCGAGGAGGACAGCAGACUUGCUCCUAGAAUCCACCAAGAAUCUCUAUCCAUCCACGAGAAAAUCCUACGCCAUUUCGACCUCUCCUCACAGUACGGACCGUGCAUCGGCAUCUCACGGCUUCUACGCUGGAAGAGGGCCAACAUGCUAGGUCUGGAACCGCCGGUCGAAGUCCUCGCUGUUCUUCUACGUGAAGAAGAUAAGAAGACGAGUCAGGGGUGCGGAAAACUAGCGUAUAUCGACGAGUUGGCUGGUGGCAGGGUUGUUCUCGUGGAGUAAAAGGACACCAAUGUUUACCCCAAAUUGUGUGCAUAGGAGGAGAAAGGGAUGCACUUACAAUACGGGGGUCGAUUCAGCGAAAUGCAUCAAAAAGGGGUUAGGCGUUCAGGCGAAGACAUUGCUGGCAGGAUGAAGGUCGCUGGCAAGGAAUAUGGGGAGACUUUACCCAUGGUACUGCAAUGAAGGCGAUGCAGCCCUUGCACAAGAGGUCUAGCAGGCAAGGCUCAUAAGGGCUCAGAAAACUCAAGGGGAUGUUAACCGUUAGAUCUUGUCAGCCAGAUGACGG